AGAAAUGCGCCAGUGCCUCCAGGACGCAGUGGCUCCGGGAACACCUGCUUCGUGUCACUGAUUUCGGCUUCCCUUCCCCUUCCUCUCACUCUGAAGGAAAAUGGCACAGAAAAGUGUAGAGAGAAAUUAAAGUGAGAGAUAAAUGACAUUUAACCAGUUGAUCAGAUAAUUUCCAAAAAAGAUCAUUAUUUUUGCUGACAUUCCAGACAUGAGACACUUUGUCUAAGAAAUUGUUUUAAGAAGCUUGUCCUGCACCCAGCUGCUUCUGGCAUCUCUCAUGGAUUUCAUUUUAAACAGAUGAUUCAGGUAAUGGUUCAGCAUGGGUCGAGGGCAGCGUUUGGCCCUGGGCAUCUUUGUCCUUCUGCUUGUGGACAUCAUUUGGGUGGCAUCUUCAGAACUGUCAGAGUAUAUCUUCAAUGAUGCUGGGUUUGACAAACCGUUCUUCAGUACCUACCUGAAGACUAGCAUGUUCAGCCUCUACUUGCUAGGCUUUGUGUUCUGGAGUCCAUGGAGACACCAGUGCAUUCACAGCAAUCAGGAUGAAAGCAUGUACCAGGUAGUAGAUAUUGCUGACAGCGAGGAGUUGGCAACACCUGAGGAGAGAAGAUUGGGGAGAGAGAGGGCCUUCUCCACAGCAGCUCCCAUCUUCACUGUUGACCAGCUGGCAUCCAGUGUAGCAAGGGAUGACGACCUAAACGCACAGCUGACGCACUUGGUUCUGUGGCGCUAUUUGCCUGUUGAUCCACCAAAAAGUGAACCCAAAUAUGUCCCUCUCAAGCUGCAAGAUCAGCAAGAGAAGAGCUCCGAUGGAGAGUCAGAUGAUUCUUCAGUAAAGUCCGUCCGCUUCAGCAAACUCACAGAAGUACGGCAAAUGUCGGAGGCUGAGGCAGUCGAAGCUAUGAUGUCUCGGCUUUCCUUCUCUGCCUCGCUUCGUGCUGAACAGCUCGCUUUGCAAGCAGCUAAUAAGUUAUCCAUUAAAGAAGUAAUGAAAAUAUCGUGCAUAUUCUGUUUGCUGUGGUUUCUUGGGAACUAUGGCUACCAGAUAGCGCUGAGUGACACAGAGGCCGGUGUGGUCAACGUCAUCUCUUCUACCUCUGGCCUCUUCACCCUCAUCUUGGCUGCCAUCUUCCCCUCAUCAUCAGUAGACAGAUUCACACUCUCCAAGCUAUUUUCAGUCUUAUUGAUGGUUGCUGGAGUGGUCUUGGUCAGUUUGGAGGACAUCAGCCUUGAAGGAGCCACUGUGCCUGUGGGUGUGGUGUGGUCCCUGGUUGGAGCUGUGCUGUAUGCCUGUUACAUGGUCUUCCUGAGACGCAAGGUUCCUACUGAAGACCGGAUGGAUUUUACAAUGUUUUUUGGAUUUGUCGGCUUGUUCAAUACCAUAAUUCUGUGGCCGGGAUUUCCUCUGUUAGAUGUCUUAGGAUGGGAAACAUUCCAGUUACCAAACAAGGAGCAGCUUCUCUACAUGUCUGUUAAUGGAUUAAUUGGGACUGUGCUCUCAGAACUCUUGUGGCUGUGGGGAUGUUUCCUUACCUCUUCUCUGAUGGCCACACUGUCGCUGAGUCUCACUAUUCCUCUCACCAUGGUCGUUGACAUCUUUGUAAAAGAUGUUGAGUAUUCACUCAUCUUUUACAUUGGCGCAAUCCCCAUGAUGUUGUCAUUCAUCAUAGUCACACUGCUUACACACUAUGAAAACUGGGAUCCACUCAUGGAUUGCAUAACAAAAAUAAACAGAAGAUGUUCUAGAAAUAACCAUAUGUAUAGUUUGGUGGACACAGAAGGUUUGGAAAGAGAAAGCUUGAUAGUGAAUGAAACUGGUGUGGAUGAAGCAGAAGAGGAGGAUGAGGAAGAAGUGGACACCACAGGUAUCAACAGUGCCAUCGUUAUCAGUGACAGCGCCUCGGCUUCCAACUCUAUGCCAACAAUGAUUAACAACAUUAUAUAAUACUAUGGAUCAAAGAACCAAUGAUCUGUAAGAAUUCAUUUCUUUUCUUCUCUCCCUCAAGAGAGAACUGGAACACAGUCUUUUAUGAUUUUUCUUGCACUUUGUUGAAAUGGGAAUGGUAAUGCUUACAUUUACAGAAUAUAAGGUACAAGUUUUUUACUUAAGGGAAUACCAUUUCGAUCUCUGGUAGUAUAAGAUGAUCUUUCUUUACUUUGACUGCUUUCAUAGCUGUUGAUGGAAAGAGGAGGGAGAAGGGGAAGAUAAAAAGAAAAAGAAGAGAAAAAAAUUGCUUUGGUAGGAAAGAAGUUCCUAAUAUGAUUGUGGUAAUUCUGGAUGGAAAGUGAGAGGUUGUAAUAACAGAAAUGUGAGACGUGUUGAGGUUGGAAAUUUGGAUGUCUGGUAAGGAGAUACGAGGAUGAGACAAAGUGAAAUUUUGAGAGAAGUUAGCAGAAAAUUGCUGAUUUUUUUAGAUGUUCCUAAUUAUCAGCUUUGAUUGUUUAAGUGAGAUGGAAUAUAUGAUUUUGCUAUCUUACAUAUCAUGAACACAUACUCGUACAAUCACUUUCACAUUCUCACUUACACUUACACUUACACUUACACUUACACUUAUACUUACACUUACACUUACACUUACAUUUACACUUACACUUACACUCACACUCACACUCACACUCACACUCACACUCACACUCGCAUUUCCUCUCACACUCACUCACACUCACGCUCACACUCUUACACAUUCAUACCCUCACACUCAUACAUUCACACUCACACUUACAUUCACACGCACUCACUUGAGUGACUUCAUCCUUUUGAUAUGUGAGUGUUUAGCUCAAUAAACUUAUCAAAAAAAAAAAAAAAAAAAAAAAAAAAAAAACUUGCACUUACACUAACAUGCAUGCUCACAAUUGCUUUUAUUCACACUCACAUUCUCUUGCAUUCAGACACACACUGAAACUCACUUACAGAAAGCAAGUAUUUUGCCCUCAGAAUAGGUGAAAUAAUUACCUGAGUUCAAAAGACAAGAUUUUAUAAUACUAUAUGUUGUGGUAAAUAAGAUGUGCACUUGUUAAUUAUCCAGAUAAUUUUUGAAUAGGUGUUUUUUAUGUGACAGUAAUUUGAAUUUUACCAAAAUAUGUAAAUCUUAAAAUAGUAAAUAUCAAUGGAAAUUCCUUAAAUUACCAGCAGCCAUUUACUUCACAGCAGACAGUGAAACACUUGUCUCCUUACUGUAUUUACCUGGCAGCUACCCCCUUUUAUUUGACAGUGAUGUCUUAUGGUGACAGUGUGCUUGUUUUCGUAAGGUAGCCUAUCCCUGGCUGAAGCUAAAACUAUCUGUCCAUUUCAGGUUAGUGCUCAGUUCAUUGAAGUGAUCUGCACUGAACAAAUAACUUGACAGAAAAUCUGCAAGUUUAUUUUAUUAUAUUUCAUGUUAGAUUUGUUGCAGGGAUAGAAUUUUCCACAUAUAUAAGGAUUUCCAAGUUUUUCAGUCAUGCAAUUGAAUUCAGCUAUAUAGGUAUCUGUUUUUAUGUUAUCUAUUUCCACUUGUGUUAUCAAUGAAGUAAAUAAGUUUCCAGUAUUUUAACCCAAUGGUGACGGAUGAAGAAAAAAAAACAAAAAAAAACGCUCUGGCGAACCAUGGCAGCGCGCCGACUUUGUGAGUUCGGUACAUCAGGCCGAAUCACUGGCUCAGCCGCACACCAUUUUUCGAGCGGUUUGUUUUCACACCAAGCAGUGUCACCCAUCGUGAAAGGGUUAAAUAUGGUAUAUUUUCACACUUAUUUAAUAAUGUCCAUUCUCAUCCCUGGUCUUGUUUCAGUGUCUCUUAUAUACCACAAGGUAUGGUAAAUGUUUUUUUCAUGUUCUUUCAUAUAUGCUUUUAAAUUGUAAAACAAGAAUAUUUACAGUUACAGGGACAUAAGAGGGAAAGAUUACCGCAGUGUUGAUAUAUUAUUUUCCAAUGCGAUUGGUAGGUAAGUUGCACUUAGGCCUAGAAUAUAAAUGUAAAACCUUACCUGAAAUUUACUUAUAUCUUCAUUCAUAUUGGAGAUCUUAGAAUGUCAUUUAUGAAAAAUGUCAUAAUUUUUGACAAGUGAACCAUGUUGUAGUAGUUAUCAGAAUGAUUAUCAGUUGUACUUCCAUCAUAUGAUGUGUUUAAUUACAGAUCAGUGAUUAAGAUAUAAUACAAUUUGAAUGCUUUCACUUAAUUUAAGUAUUCAAAAAGUAGUGAAAGUAAUUACUUACCUUUUGUGAUGGUAUUAGAGGACAACUAAAGUAAUUGGCUGAUCAUAUGGAGUUUGCAAAGUAAGUGAUUUCAGGAUUGUUUCUGAGCUUUAUUUGCACAAAGGCAUGAAGAUGCAGCUUGUAUAAAUAGCUCACUUCACAUACAGCUCUACUUUUUACUUAAUGGAUAAGAUGAGAUGAUGUAAGGUAGAUAAGCUGUUUUAAUGCUUAAGAAAAUGGAAGUGAUAUUAGUUCUUUUCCCCCAAAAGUCAGAAAAAAAUGAAUAAUCAUUUAAAUACUAUUUGGAUGCAAUCACAUACGUGAAUUAAUUCAGUAAGCUUGAAAGAAAACUCAUGGUCCAAUAUCCGAGCUCACAUAGGAUUGUGCAGAGGAUUGGGACCAGUAGAAACCAGGUAAAUAAUGUUGGCAACUCACUCUCCCCACAUUCAUAUCAGAGAAAAAUGUUAUAGUUUACUUGCAGGGAAGAAUGACUAAUGUAGUUGCAACUUGGAAAGUUUUUGUGCACAUUGAUUUAUUUACAUUAAUAUCUCUCUCUUAAUAAGAAAGGCCACUCAUUACCAGAGACCAGAAUUCACAAAAUAUUCCUUGUGCAAUUAAUAUAGAUAACAUCUGAUAUAUAGAGUCUUAUUCCUUUUUUUGUAUAUAUAUUUUUUCCCCUUAAUAUGGCACGAACACACCAUUUUACUAAGACGAGCAAAGUUUUAAUUUCUUGUGUUCAAAUUACAAAGUUCAUUGGUAAAAUUUUUAUGAUUUGAUACUUGAUGUUGCUGGAUAGUUUGGGGAUGGAUAUUCUAGUUACUAUCCUAUAACCAUUAAAAAAUCAAUUCUUUUUAUUAACUUUAUGUUAAUAUCUAUUGUAAGCCUAAAAGGACAGUUUGAAAUAACAGCUAUUAUUUGCGUUUUCACGAAAUCAGUCGUAAAUAUUGCUACAGUUGAGAAAUUCAGAUGCAAAGAGCCAGGAUUCUCUACUUUAUUGAAUGGCAAAUGUGACAAAAAAGUUUUUGUUCUUUUAAAUCAAAAGAAUGUAUAGCUUUCCUACAUCUUGUGAGAUGCAUUUUAGUUUUGACUGGGAAGAAAGUUCUUUGUUGUUUCCCUUGUCUUCUGUUACUAUUUUAUUGUAUAUGGCUCACACAUGAAAUAUCUUCUGACUGACUGAAAUUUAUAUCAAUGUCAUGACCUUAGGUUCAUUGAACUGAGAGAAAAAAAUACACUUUUUGUCAAAUGGAACAAAUGACAUCAGGUAGCAUCACUUUCCACACCAUUCAUCAAGUUGAACCUACCUCACUUUCUCUUCAUUUGUAAUUUUGUUUACAUGUUUCAAGAGUUGUUAACCCUUUGCCGACGGGCAUGGCAUGUACGUACAUGCCAUGCCCAUUGUGAGUUUAUUUAUUUAAUUGUUUUUACACAUAGAUGGCUACACUUGUAAUAAAUCACCAAAGAGCCAGUUACGAGUACUGCCUGUCUCGCCCGUUCACCCUUUUCAUCGAUUUAGAAAAAUAUUUAACUUUACCUUAUUUUGCAGUUACAAAUGUUUAUAACAUUAUAGUACAGGAAGUCCCCAUCUUACGAACAUAAUGGGGACAGAGAGGCUGUUUGUAACUCCAUUUGUUCGUAUAUCAAAAGUCGGGUCUCCAUUGCCUUUUUUCCCAUUGUUUUAAAGUUUCGUUUACAUUAAGAAUACCUGUACAUAAAUCCCAAUAAGUAUGACAUACCUUAUACAGUACCUGCAAUUUGUAAUGCUUUUAAUAUUAUUUGAUGGUGAUUCGUACAACUUCAAUGUAGAAACAUAAUUUAUUCAAAAAGAAAAUAUAUUGUAGUGGUGACUGUUUGGCAAACCGAUCGAUAAGAUUGAUAAAGUUAUAGCCUGACAUUUCUUGCACUUCCACUAGCUUCACCGUUUAUCUUUCUCUUCACACCCGACAUUUUUGAUGGAUUGAUGCUUUAUGGCUAAGCACUAGCAGAACCAUCUAGUAACAGGGACAUUUCACAAAAAUAUAAAAAAUGAGCACAGAAUUUCCCCCAUUUUUUAUUAAUUUUCCCCGUCGGGAAAGGGUUAAAAUAGAAGAAGGAAAAAAAUGCAACAUUCAUAUUAUAGCUGUAUAUAAGUUGAUUCUUUUCAUAGACUUUAAAAUAUUUAAAUCAACAAAUGAAUGUGAAAAAAGGUAAGGUAAAAUGGUUGCCGUAUCAGUAAACUAUUUUAGUCCAAAUCCAUGACAAUGUUGUUCCUAGUUAUUUUGAUUAUGUUGUGCAAUAUUAUGCAACAGAAGAGGAAAAGGGGGAUACUUGUGUGCUUGCAUUUGUGUGUGUGUCAACUCUGAGAUCUAUUUAGAAAUCAAGUGGUAUAUUUACUAUAAGAUCAUUGCACAUGUGCAUGUACACACACUUGCACAUGCACAGACAUGAACGCACAUACACAAACACAGACAUGAACACCCAAGCACAAGCUCAUUCUUACACACUCAUACUCAUUUGUACAUUCACACUCAUAUUCACACCCAUAUUUGCACUCACACUGUCACUCUCACUCUUCACUCACUCACUCACUCACUCACUCACUCACUCACUCACUCACUCACUCACUCACUCACUCACUCACUCACUCACUCACUCACUCACUCACUCACUCACUCAAACACUCACCCAUCCACCCACCCACCCACUCACUCACUCACUCACUCACUCACUCACUCACUCACUCACUCACUCACUCACUCACUCACUCACUCACUCACUCACACACACACACACACACACACACACACACACACACACACACACACACACACACACACACACACACACACACACACACACACACACACACACUCA